AUGUUUUUGUGGUCAUACUAUGUAACGAUUUUCCGACCUGUUGGCCGGCCACCCAAAAUGUUUUAUGUUGACUCACAAACGCGGCAAGAUCUCUGUAGUUUAGAAGAAUUGGAAUGCAAAGAAAUAUUGGAAUGUUACGUAAGACAACAUCAGAUUUCAGUAGACAACCGUAAUAGCGAUGGAAGUAUACGGUACUGUUAUAAAUGUAGUUGCAUCAAACCUGAUCGUUGUCAUCAUUGCUCUGUUUGUGGUCAUUGCGUUUUGAAAUUUGAUCAUCAUUGUCCUUGGGUCAAUACGUGUAUCAAUUAUUUCAAUUAUAAAUUUUUCCUUCAAUUUCUCUUUUACGGUCUUAUUUUGUGCUUUUGGAGUAUGCUAACAGAUUUAAAAUAUUUCAUUGCAUUCUGGAAAAAUGCUUUACGACUAAGUGCUGGUUUUGGCCGCUUCCACAUCGUUUUUCUCUUUUUUGUGGCUGGAAUGUUCGCGGCUUCUAUUACUUGCCUACUGACAUAUCAUGUUUAUUUGACGGCGCGAAAUCAGUCUACAAUUGAAUCAUUUCGUCCUCCUGUAUUCAUAUAUGGUAUUGAUAAAAAUGGCUUUAAUCUUGGCAUACGACGCAAUUUCAGACAAGUUUUUGGUGAUACAUACCUCCUCUGGUUCUUACCUAUAUUUUCAUCACGUGGAAGUGGUAUAACUUUUCACAGGAAAGGCUUUCGAGCUGAACGGAAAAGGCUUUUACUUCUCGAUUCAGAUGAUGAUGACGACGAUGCACUGCGUGAAAUAUAAAAAACUCUUCCUCGUAAGAGAUCCCAUACUUUAUUUCUCAUUGUUUAUAUCACUUUUUUUUUAGAACGAUGCGCCAUAUUUUGUUGCAUACGCGAAUAAAUAAUCUGUUUUUUUUCGAAGGUUCUUAAAUUUAGUUGUGCCAUUGAUA